GAGACACGUAAAAACAGACAGUUGACUUCUCUGCUAACUUCAACAGACCUUUGACACAAACAUGUCCGGAGGAUACGGUCCGACAGAGCCCGCCACUAAGGACAUUCAGGAUCUGUGUGAUCAGGUGAAGUCCAAAGUGCAGGAAAUAACAGGAAAGAAUUAUGGGGAAUACACAGCAUUUAAAUUCAGGAGUCAAGUUGUGGCAGGAACCAACUACCUCAUCAAGGUUCAUGUUGGAGAUGACUACAUUCAUGUGAUCAUUUUCAAAGAUCAGGGAGGAGAGGUUGCCCUGAGUGAUGUAAACGAGGGUCAGACCAAAGUCAGCCCUCUCGAACCUUUUUAGAAACUGAUCCCAGAACCAGUCUCAGCAGUAAAAUCCUGAGGGCUGCAGUCUCAUGUUAAAAUCUUCUGCCUCUUUAUUCUGAAAUGAUUUAACAUUGAUUUUGAAUGUAUUAACGCUGAGAGAUGAAGACAUUUGGUGGCAUGCGCUAAGAUUAAAGCUUUAAAAUGAUUUAGAUUUCUUUUACAGAAAUGAUUUUCCUGUUUGCUCACAAUGUCCUAAUUAACCCCAAAUAAAUAUCCUGCCUCUAUCCUA